UAAAUUACAUAGUCUACAAUCCGAUGAAGUUAGCACUUCUAUGGAAGACAAUCAAGCCACUACGCCUCCAAAUAUUGGUAACGGUAACAAUUCAAUGGAAGUUGAUGAAAACGUGAUUAGAGAUCCGAUGGAUUUUGAAGUUCAGAUAAUAACACCAAUUAAUGAAACUCCGGCUUCUACCGAUGCUCGUAAUGAAAAUCUGUUUUCAACCUCAAAUGAGAAUUAUGAAGCAAUACCCGUUGAGAUUAAUCCAUUACAAAUAACAGAAAUUGCACCAGCUGAAAACAAUUCAAUAGCACCAAAAGCACCAUCAAACAAAAACUUUACAUUACCUUAUCGUACUACAGGCUGUAAUACUGUAUAUCAACCACUGAUUUACAUCCAAAUGUGUAAUGAUUGCACGCAAAAGAUCACUGAUAAAUCGAAGCAUUUAUCAUGGGAAUGUUUAAAUUUUUGUAAUGAAGAUUGUUUAGCAAAUUAUCAACGAAAAAUUGGCAAAUUAUGUGCAAAUUGUAAUUCAAUAGUAACACUUGCAAGUCUAGGUAAAUAUUGUGUACGUUUUGGCUCAGAUAUACGACAAUUUUGUCAAAGUAAAUGUUUAGAUGCGUUUAAAAAAAACCAUAAAAUAUGCUAUUAUUGUCAAACAUUUAUUAUUGGAGAACAAACGACUGAUGCAACCAUGAUCGAUGAUCAAAAUCAAUUUAAAGAUUUUUGUACACAACAGUGUAUGGAAAAAUAUUAUAAAAUGAACGGAGAGAAAUCAACAAGCACUGCAUUGUGUGAUGUUUGUAACAAUGAGAAACUUGUACGUAUUGAAAUUGAAGUUGAUAAUCAAAUUUUUCAAUUAUGUAGUGAACCAUGUUUUGUUGCAUUUAAAUUUGCUAAUAAUGUUGUUACUGAACAAUGUACAAUGUGUCGAAAAUACUAUGAACAGCUUAAUACAUUGAAAUACACGCUAUUUUUACCUGAUCAACAAAUAGUGAAUUUUUGUAGUAAAACAUGUCAAAAUAUUUAUAUAAUUACAAAUCGUAAAAUUGUCGCUUGUGAUUGGUGUAAAGUGAAAAAAUAUAACUUUGACAUGAUACAAAAACAAUCUGAUGGAAAUCAAAAAUUAACUGUAUGUUCAUUUAAUUGUCUUGCUUUAUGUAAAUUAUCAAUGACUUCAUUGCCGACGACUAAUUCUAAUGUUGCUAAUGUAAGUGGUUCACAAGCUCAAAUAGCUAAAAGCCAUGCUCAAGUUUCUAAUACGCUUACUCAACAUGCUGAAGCUUCUUGUACGCAUGCUCCAUUUUAUAAUACGCGUGCACGAUUAGAACAAAAUCACCAUCAAACAAAAUCCCGGGGAACAUCACCAAUACCCAUCGUAGAAGUACCAAAGUAUAUUCGACAGAUAAUUAUAAAACCCCCACCAGUUGUCGAAAUAAAAAAUAAAUCAACAAUGUGCAAGCCUAAUACUCAUACCAAGGGAGUUUCAUUUAAACCGCUUGUAAAUCAUAAGGAAACACAAACUGAAAAGGAACAAAAAUCAGUAAUAAUUCCUGUUCCUGUGCCAAUUUACGUACCAAUGCCAGCUGUUAGUGUUGGUAUACCAUUUCCAAUUCCCGUACCGUUUCCGUUACCUAUUCCUGUACCGAUAUUUAUACCAACCACACGUAAUUCAGCGCAAGGAAUAUUAAAGGAGAUACAAAAAAUUCAAGUAAGAUUACCCAGCGAUCCAUUUGAAGCUGAGCUAUUAAUGAUGGCUGAAAUGGUUGCAGAUGAUAAGAGAGUCCAAACGGAUUCCGAAAAUGAAGAAGAAGAAACUUUAACUCCAUUACCGGUAAUUGGUGAUGAUAUAUUACAAAUGGCAUUUAAUAUGACUACAAAUGAAUCAGUUGAAGAACCACAUGAGGUUAUUGAUUUAGAAGGUGCUUUAAUAACAAACACAAUAACAGUAAGUGAAGAAACAGAACCUCCACCACCUCGUCCCUCAGAAAAAUCACUUGGAAAACGUCCAACAAAGUCAAAAAAAGAUAUGACUACAAUGGAAAUUCCAUUACCAAAUAAUACACCACAAGAUUAUGAUACAAUUAAUGAUGGCACCAUAUGUGAUACACAUAUGUGGUUAAAAUAUACAUUUGGUGUAAAUGCAUGGAAACAAUGGUAUCAAAUGAAACAAAAUGAUUUAGAAAAACAAUCAUCAACAAAUCAAAAAUUUUUAGCUGGUCGUUAUGUUCAUAAAAUGAAAUCCGAUCCAUUACAUUUAUCAGCUGAUGAAUUAAAUUAUUCAUUAUCAUCAUUUAUCAAAGAAAUACGUAAACCAAAUAAUACACAAUAUGCACCAGAUACAAUCUAUUAUUUAUGCUUGGGAAUACAAUAUUAUCUAUAUAAACAUAAUCGUUGCGAUAAUAUAUUUACGGAUAUAUUUUAUGAAAAAUUUACUGAAUGUUUAAAUGAAAUCGCGAAAAUGUUUUCAGUAUUAUACAAUGAUUCACAUUAUAUUGUUACACGUGUGGAGGAAGAACAUUUAUGGGAAUGUAAACAACUAGGAGCACAUUCACCACAUGUGCUUUUAAAUACACUUGUGUAUUUCAACACGAAAUAUUUUAAUUUAGUCACUGUUGAAGAUCAUAUGCAAUUAUCUUUCUCUCAUAUUAUGAAACAUUGGAAACGUAAUCAUUCAAAUAUUAGCGCAAAAAAUAGUGGUAGAGAUACUACAGCAUCAUCAUUAUCACGUAAUGUAUUAUUACGUUAUUAUCCACCGAAAAAUUCAUCAUCGAAAUCGGUGAAAAAAGUCUAUGAACAAGAGGAGAAUGAAAGGAAUCCCUUACGGUGUCCGGUGAAAUUGUAUGAAUUUUAUUUAUCCAAAUGUCCGGAAAGUGUUAAAACUCGUAAUGAUAUGUUUUAUUUAUCACCGGAGAGAUCCUGUUUACCAGAUAGUCCUGUAUGGUAUUCAACGUUACCACUAGAUCGUCAUGCGUUAGAAAAAAUGUUGUAUCGUGUUAAAAUGGUUAAGGAAAUUAAUAUUGCAAUACUUAGAGCUUAA